AUGGAAGGAGAGGCCUGCAAUCUUGGUGUUUCUAUGGACUCCGGGAAUCCAUUGCUAAGAGCAGUGUUCCUUCGUCGACUGCGGCUCACGCGGCUGCUGUUGGAGGGUGGGGCUUACAUCAAUGAGAGUAACAGCCAAGGCCAGACACCCCUAAUGGUGGCCUGCAGGACCAAACACGUCGACUCCCAGAGCGCUAGUCUGGUGAAACUUAUCCAGUUUCUUCUAGAGAAAGGAGCCGAUCCUAACAUCCAGGACAAGGAUGGGCGCUCUGUGCUGAUGCACGCCUGCCGGGAGCAGGCUGGUCCGGAGGUGGUGUCUCUGCUCCUGGCCAGCGGGGCGGACCUCAGCUUGGAGGACCAGUGUGGAACGUCUGCUUUGGCCUAUGCCGUCAUGGCAGGAGACUGGAAGGUGCUGAAGCUGUUGCUGGACACAUGCAAGGCCAAGGGGAAGGAGGUAAUCAUCAUAACCACUGACCAGUUCCCAGCUGCAAAACUGCAAGCCAUGCAGUACCUUAACAUGCCUCCCAUGGAUCACAGUGACAAAAUUACACCACCGUCUCCUGCAUCUCCAUCUGACAUUCAGCUCAUCACCUCACCUCAGAACACCUCCUCCUCUUUAUGCCCCCCCAGAAGUGUCUUUUCUUUUAAAGAAGGACAAAUCUGUGGCGUUAGCUCCCAUCCGUGCUCCCCGUCUCGGUUAAGAGGGCUUGGACAAUCCACACACAACGGACAACAGCAACCCCUGCUGAGGCUGAACUCUGAGCCUUGGUUAAAGAUCCCGCCGUCCCUGCAAUCCCAGCAGCCUCAUGCAACUCUGAAACAGACUGAGGAUGUCUCCUUGAAAGGUCCCAAACUGGAUGGGGUCAGCAACACAAACUUUGACGGCUUCAGAAUUUGGGAAAGUAGGUUAGCUGGGGAUGAAGUUACACGGGGAGAUAGAAAUGCUGAUCACCACAAAGAUGCUCCACGAAACACACCCUUAGCAGGUAUGCUAUUAUCCCACUCUGCAUCCCACCCCAAUCUGCAUUCUGAUGUCCUUGGUCCAGAUUCAGUCACCUCUUCUUCAUGUACUUCUGGCACCAAAAACCUUGGCACACAAUUUCACAGCAUGGCCUCAUCGAGCCUCCAAAGUGUGAUCCAGAGGCGGGAACUCCGUGAAGGCAUCUACAGCUCCGACCCACAGCUAGCACGAGGGAUCCCAAAUAUCCCUGAAGAACACAGAACCAGAGACCCAAUUAAUGCCAAGAGGUUGGCACCGUUACGCUGCGCCAGCACGCUGGGAUUAAAGGAAUCACUGUUAGCCAAAAACAAGAGAAUCCUGCACGGAUACGAAUGCAGAGCCUCUGGCACCCUCUUACUGGACCGUAACCUCCAGGCCAGGCCUAGAUCUCUGCCACCUCUGACCAACACACCCAUCCUCAAUGUCUACAGCCAGAGCUCUGGCAGCGGAAGCAGUUUCUCUGAGAGAGAGUCUGGCCAGAAGCAUUUCCUCCCCUGUGCUCCACCUGGACAGCCCAAAGAAGUGACCAGAAGGAUGCUGCUGAGGAGACACUCCAUACAGGCCGAACAGUUCAAAACCACGGCCUGA